AUGGGCGCACUUGCUGGCCUGAGCAUGGUCUCGGCUCUUUUGCUGCUCGUCCUGGUCGGCAUGGUCAGCACCGCAGCUGUUCCUCCCAGGUCUGGCUCGGACGCGGUGUCGCCGCCUGCCAAGAGACACAUCAUCGCGGACCCCUUUGAAGAACCGUUGUCGCCAGGACAACCGCCUGGUUCCGAUGAUCCCCCGCGCGGAUGGCGUCCUCCUAUUCUCGAUACCAAGGGACCAAUCUCUAACCCCGAGGGACCAAGUGACGCUGGUCCAGGUCACAAGAAUCCUCCGCCUGCGGAUGUGUCGCAAGACUUCCGCCUUUUCAUCUCGGCCCAAUUCUGA